GGCAGGGGCGAUCGCGCGAGUCAGCUGAUGAUGGGUCGUCUCUUCCUCACGGGCCACGGCGUUGCACAGGACUUUCCACGCGCAGCAAACUACCUCCGCAUGGCGGCCAAUGCGGGUGACGGCAACGCGCUGGCCUAUUUGGGCGAGAUGUAUGCGCACGGACUUGGCGUCGAGGGGAACAACGACACCGCGCUGGAGUACUUUCAAAAGGCGGCAAAGAAGACGAGUGCUGUUGGACAGAACCACCUGGCCACGAUGUAUCUGCACGGAGAAAAGGUCCCCAAGGACGAGAAAAAGGCCUUUCAGCUGUACGUUCAAGCUGCGCAGCAAGGGUUGGCGGAUGCGCAGUACAACUUGGCCACGCUGCACUACAAUGGCAUUGGCACAGCCGUCGACUUGAAGCUCGCCCUCAAGUACUUCAAACUCGCUGCACAGCAAGGAAGUGUGCUGGCGAUCAACAGCCUUGCGUCCAUGCACGCGGCAGGCAUCGGCCUCACCAGAGACUGCGAGAUUGCGACCGGGCUGUACAAGAACGUUGGAGAGCGCGCAAAGUGGAUGACCAGCUUCCAAGUUGCAUACACUGCAUAUGAGGAUGAGCGGUACGACGAUGCGCUGCUGCUGUAUCUGUUGCUGGCCGAGCUCGGUGUCGAGGUCGCCCAGCACAACGCAGCUCAGGUCCUCGAGAAAGGCCUUGCCCCAAUCUUUGACGGUCCCUCCAACGACACGUACCGGCGCGCCCUGCACAACUGGCGACGGUCGGCGUCACAGGGACAAGUGGUUGCACGCGUCAAGGUUGGCGACUACCACUACUACGGGCACGGCGUGGAGUCCAAUGCCGAGCUGGCAGCGAGCCAGUAUCGCCUUGCCGCAGACGCAAACAACGCACAGGCGAUCUUCAACCUUGGCAUCAUGCAUCACACGGGAGACGGCCUGAACCGCGACCUCCACCUGGCAAAGCGCUAUUACGACAUGGCGCGUGCAGCUUCAGCCGAUGCAGAGUUACCUGUCACCCUUGCGCUGCUGUGGCUGUACGGCUGCUUUGCUGUCGAGUACAUGCACACGCGCGCCAUCCCAGCCGCUGUCGCUGCCGUGCAAGAGUGGGAUGCCGGUGAUAUGGACGCGCUGUUGCAGGAGAACAGGACGGUGCUGCUUGUUGCGCUGACUGUGCUGCUUGUGGUUGUGUAUCUGGCGCGAACGCGGCGUAUCCACGAGCACAGGGUGCGGGCACAGGAGCAAGCGCAACGAGAGGCGCAGCAGCAGGAUGAGGAGGAGGAGGAGGAUGAGGAGGAAGCAGGUGAAGGCGAUGGCGAUGAUGGAAGGGGUGGUGAUGCUGGUGGUCCAGCUGACAGCAGCGAUGGCGACGAAGAGUAAGCCUGUCGACUGGUGGCCUGCAUGCGUGCUUGUUGACACGGUGCAUGCUCUGUAGUUGGUGUUGGACGGAGGUUGAAAGCGAACAUAAACAGCAGAACUCAAA